AUGAUAGAAGGAGAAAUCAAGCACAAACAUAAAAGCGAUAAAACAAAACUUAAAAAACAUGAAGAAGUUUAAUAAAUAGAUGAAGAGUUAAGACCCCUUUCCUUUGUAAAUCCUAGAAUCCAAAGUAUAAAAGGCUUGAAGGGAGUACUUAUUUUGGAGUCAUAAUUAAUGAGCAAUGUAUUUUCAUGGAAUUCUUAAAAUGUUUUUGAGAUAUACGCAGCUGAUGAAAAUGGGAAAAGAUUAGAUUCAAAAUCUAAGCCUAUCCUAUAUGGUAUAGGUAUGAGUCAUUCAUCUUGCACUAAUUGUUAACUAUAAUCAAUUUCAGAAGUAGCUAUUCUUACUUAAAUUAGUGAAAAAGGAAGCGAUGAUCCUUAUAUUUAUAUUUCAAAAUAAGAUAAAUGCUGCGGUUUUUCAUAAUAAAAUGUUUAUUUGAAUAAGAAUGGAAAUUAAACAUAAAUAGCGAGUGUAAGCAGAAAUAUGUGGAAUGAUUACGAAGUCACUAGUGACUAUAUAAAUUAACUUUCAUUAUCUAGGAGUAUUUUCUAAUUCUAUUGCACUCAAAAAAAAUAUGAUGUGAAAGAUGCAGAUGGAAACACAGGUAUUUUUAUUUAAUAAAAGCAUUUUUGUUCUUGCAGUAAUCCUAAUGAAUAUAGCUUAGGAUUUCCUGCUAAAUAUAAUGAUGAUUAAAAAACUAUACUUUUAGCCAUAUGCAUUUACAAAGCUUUUUCAAACUUCAAAAAAAGAUCUUCAAAAAAUUGA